AUGGAGGACAGUCUAAAGCAGCUCAGCCUGGGGAGACAUCCCAACGGGGCAGGGGGCAGCCAGGCCCUGGCUGAGCUCCAGGACCUUGCCCUGAAGUGGUUCAUGGAGACACAGGCCCCCUUCAUUCUGCAGAACGGUGCCCUGCCUCCUUGGUUUCACGGAUUCAUCACUCGCAAGCAGACGGAGCAACUACUCAGGGACAAAGCUGUUGGGUCCUUCCUUAUCCGCCUCAGUGACCGAGCCACCGGCUACAUCUUGUCCUACAGGGGCAGCGAUCGCUGCAGGCAUUUUGUCAUCAGCCAGCUUCGAAACCGGCGUUACGUCAUCUCAGGAGACACCCAGAGCUAUAGCACCCUGGCCCAGCUUGUGCGCCAUUACCAGGAGGCACAGCUUGAGCCCUUCGGAGAGACGCUGACUGCUGCCUGCCCCCGGCCAGAGGACGAUAAUCUGUAUGAUGCCAUCACCCGGGGCUUCCACCAGACCAUUGUGGACCCGGAAAACCCGCCUGCCAUGGCACCCCCCACGGUGGUCCUAGACAAGGCUGCCAGCCCCCGCUCUUCUCCAAAGCCCCAGGUCUCCUUCCUCCAUGCACCAAACAGCCUGGAUGUAAGUCCCCAGAACCUCUCCCAGGAGGAAAGCAUGCAGGAUCCCAUCAGAUUGCCCCCACUCCCUGAGAGGAGUUCCUCCCUCCUGGAAGAGUCUUUCGGAGGCCCCAGUGACAUCAUCUAUGCAGACCUGAGGAAGAUAAACCAGGCAAGGCCAGGCUUGGGCACAGAGGGGUCCAGCAGGCAUGGCCCGGUUCCAGCCGGUAGCCAGUCCUGUUCACCAGGCACUGAGGCCCAGAAGAGACUCUCAGAUGUAGAACAGAACAGGCCUGAUGGCCUGGUGCCCAUCCUCUCUGGGGCUUACCCAGGCCAGGGGCCCACAGAGUCUCCCACUUCCUGGGGGUUCCUCCUGUCCUCCAGUUCUGAUGCCAUGGAGUCCCUGGGGGCUACCUGGAGGCAGGAGUUUCCAAAGCUGAGCCCAGAGGCUCAGCUCUGCUCCCAGGGCAGCUCUGAAGAUUUCUAUGAGUUCAUCGGGACAGAAGGCCUCCUGCAGGAGGCCAGGAAGGCACCAGGCCAAGAAGGCAGUACCUAUGAGCAGAUCCCAGCUUGCCGGAGUGGCCCAGCCAGGGCCCCACAUCCUGGGACCAGUCCCACAUAUAGCAAACUGUCAGUGCCCAUGGACUCUGGCUACAAGAGGAUCUCAGGGACCCCAGGGCUUCCAGAGCCUGGGAACACCUAUGAGCAGAUCCCAGCAACCAAGAGCAAGGAGACCGGACGGACACACAAGCCUGACAAGCUUCGGAGGCUCUUCUUCACCGACAGGAGGCACAAAUUCUGAGGGCCUGGCAUCUGGCAGCCCACCAGUGGGUUUCCUUGUACUCAGGCCAUGCCAGGGGUUAUUGCUAAGCCCUCAGCUCACUUGAAGGCACCCUCUGAAACUUCAGGCUCAUUCAGCCUGCUACAGAACUAGGCUCAAAGACAGCCAAGGUGCCUGCCCGAGAGCAGGUGGAAGAGGACCUUCCAGCUGCCUACACCUCCCGCCUAUGUCCUCCUUUCCUUCUGCCUCCCAUCCAUGCAGAGGAGGGAAUCAAGGCUGGAGAGGAGUGAGCCUGGCCAAAGGCGGGGGUCAGCACCCCCAUUUCCCAGAGGAGCAUGCUGAGGCCCGGGCAGACUGGCUGAACCUGCCUCCCACUACUGAGCACUUACCAAAUGUGUGGCAGGCCGUGUACUGGAACGGACACCUUUCUAACUAGCCAAGUGACAUCCUGCAAUUGCUAUUGGGAACAAAACCAGUUCCCCUUCUUGUGGCCCUAUCAGCGAAAAGGAGGGGAGGGCCAGAAGCCACAUCCUCUGCUUCUGCCUCGCAGUGAUUGGAGCAAGAAGCCAGGAAAUAGCAGGGAAGGCCCGGCCUCAGAGGCAAUGGCUCUGACUCUGGAAGCAGCUGGGCUCCUGGGGACCUGCCCCUUGGCUCUUUUCUGUCUUCCGCCCCCAUCCCACCCUUGCUGUACAAGCUGGGCAGAUCCUAAGGGCAUGGCAUCCAGUCUAACCCCUUUGUGCUAUCGAUGAGGAAACAAGGCCCGCAGAGGAGCAGCGACCUGCCUAGGGCUGCACAGCCAGCCAGGGCCUGAGCAGAAGCCUGUGGUCCGGCAGGGCAAGCCCAGCUGGCUGCCUGGGAUGUACUUGUGGGCUGUAUCUGGUGCCAGGCAGUGGGCACGUGGUGGCCAUCUCUAUAUAACCGGGUCACCCUCACCUGCCCUGUGGCUCCAGCUAGUCCUGACCUUGACAGGUGGCUCCUGAGCCCCACCCAUGAGACUGAGCCCCAACCUGGCGGCCCGGCCCUCCAAAGAGCCCUCAAGGCCUUGCCCAGGCACCAGAGGCACCAGCAUGGGCAGAGGGCACUCCGGCCGCUCGCUCCGGCUGUGCCCUCAGGACAGGCUGGGCCUUCCUGGAUCUCCGUCCCUCAGGAAACUUCCUGUUUUGUGUGUCACUUCCUUUCCUAUCCACAUGAACCCUUCUCUGUAAGGGCGGACAGUUGGCUUGCUGCCCGGCUCCCCACUACCCAGCCCAGGAUGCAGAAAACAGAAGUGAUCAUCUCCACAUAGAACACCAUAGGUGCCCCUCUUCCCUACCCUGACCCUGGGCAGAGCUGGCUCAGGUCGCAUUUGUGGGAAAUCUACCCUUAGUGACCACUCGGCUGUGCACCUUCGGAAAUAUAGGCCUGUAAGAGUCCCGCCCUCCUUGGGGGUUGUAAGGAUUGUGACGGAAGCAACUGCCCCUGUGCCCGAAGUGUGGUUAGCACUCCCGGAUGUUAACCAGAAUACUCUCAGGGAAUUCACGGAAGGCUCGGGGCCUGGAUGAGUUUUCCUCCGGAAGGCACACACACUGAAA